UGACGCCAUGUCAGCAGCUCAACGAGCAUCUACGCUCGAUCCAAAUGGCAAGGAAGUAAAAUCGGUCUUGAGGAGGACAAGGGCUUUAUCGACAGCUAGAUCGAACGGAAACGAGCUUUUUAAGGUUGCGAGAUAUUCCGAGGCUUGUAUUGCUUACGGCGAAGGACUUAGCCACGAUCCGUAUAAUGCGGUCUUGUUGUGUAAUAGAGCUGCUUGCAGAUCAAAACUCGGCCAAUACGAAAAGGCGAUAGAGGAUUGUACAUCGGCUCUUAAUGUACGUUCGGCUUAUAGUAAAGCUAGAUUGAGACGAGCCGAUUGCUAUUCCAAGGUUAUUACGGUCAUUUCACUACUCUUUUUUCUUGGGUUAGUUAUUGGGAAAUGGGGAGAAUGCAUAAAAGAUUGUGAAGUUUUGAUACGAGAAAAUCCAGACGAAGAGAUCGAGCGAAUAUUUAAGGAGGCAAAGGAAAAUUUAGGGCAACACAAUCGAAGCCGAGACAUUGUAGACACGUCCGUGGUUGUCGUUUCUAGCGACGAACAUUUCAGAGAUUGUGUUACAUCGUCUCGGGGUACAUCUGUGGUUUUAUUCUGUAAUAAAAAGACAGGAGAUAGGACAAUAAUGCAGCACAUGGAGAAACUCAAGAAGAGAUUUCCCUCAGUCAACUUCCUCAAGGUGGAAGUGGAAGAUCACCCUUUGUUAGCGAAAUCGGAAGGGCUAAAGUUGUUGCCGGGUUUUAUAAUAUAUACGAACGGAUCGAGGGCGAAAGAAGUACCCGGGGAUAAUUACGAACUGUUGGAGAGCUCGAUUAAAUAUUUGAUCAGUUCAUGA